AUGGCUUCCGGUGCUAACCUUCACGAAUUCGAAAAACCACAUGCGUAUACUAUGCUUCAAGGCUUUGAAUGGUAUACGCCUGGAGGUGGACAACAUUAUGAUUGGUUGGGAAAUAACGCAAAACGGUUCGCAGAUAUGGGCAUUACUGCAAUUUGGUUACCACCUCCAUGCAAAACUAGCAAUCGAGAAAGUACAGGAUAUGAUAUUUAUGAUUUGUGGGACUUAGGUGAAUUCGUUCAUCCUCGUGAUAAAGAUGAACAACAACCAGCCGAAAGAACAAAGUAUGGUACACGUGCUCAAUUGGAAAAUGCAAUGAACGCAUUGAGGGAUAAUGGAAUUGCGAUCUACAUUGAUGCAGUCUUGAAUCAUAAGAUGGGUGCAGACGGAUUGGAAACAUUCAAGGUGAAAGAAGUUGAUCCAGAAGACCGAAACAAGGUUAUCAGUGAUUCACACGAUAUAGAAGGUUGGACAAAAUUUACCUUUCCCAGUAGAGGGGACAAAUAUUCCGAUUUUAAAUGGAAUUUUGAUCAUUUUACAGGUGUUGAUUGGGACCAAAAAACCCAACAAAAGGGCAUUUUCAGGAUCGAAGGAGAAAAUAAAGGAUGGGCACAAGACGUCGAUAAAGAAAAUGCAAAUUAUGAUUAUCUGAUGGGAGCAGAUAUUGAACAUGCCCACCCAGCUGUAAAAGAAGAUUUGUUGAACUGGGGUGCAUGGAUGGUUCGCACUUUCCCAAUCAAUGGUUUCCGUUUCGAUGCAGUCAAGCAUAUAUCGAGAGAAUUCGUCCAUGAUUUCGUUAAACGAAUUCGAGAAGAAGCAAGCAACAAACGUAAAGAUGACGGAAGACCUGAGAUUAACGAAGAUCUUGGCCCUGUCGCAUUUGGCGUUGGAGAAUUUUGGAAAGAUUCAGUGGAUUCUUGUUUACAAUAUUUAUCAAAUUUUGGUGAUGAACAAUUUUCACUCUUUGACGCACCUCUUCAUUAUAACUUCAAAGAAGCAGGAGAUACAGGAAAAGAAUUCGACAUGCGUACAAUCUUUGAUGGCACAAUCGUUCAACAACGCCCUAUCGAUGCUGUCACUCUUGUUGAAAAUCAUGAUACCCAACGUGGACAAGCAUUGGAAUCAAGUGUCAGCCCGCAAUUCAAACCGCUUGCAUAUGCAAUAAUUCUUUUGCGCAGAGAAGGUUAUCCCUGUGUAUUCUUGGGUGAUCUGGACGGAUGUCAUGGUGGUGAUGGUGAUGCGAGCAAAGAAGGAAAAGAAGUCGUUUUUCCUCCAGUGAAUGAUUUGGAUAAAUUGAUUAAAGCUCGUAAAUGUUUUGCUUUUGGAGACCAACAUGAUUAUCUCGAUCAUCCUCAAUGCAUUGGUUGGGUACGAACAGGAGACGGGGAAGGAAAGACUGGUUGUGCAGUAGUGUUGUGCAAUGGGGAAGAUGAUGGAGAGAAACGUAUGCAAGUGCAUGGUGCUUCUGAAGGUGAUAUUUUUGUUGACGCAUUAGGAUGGCGUCAAGAUGAGAUCAAGAUCGGACAGGAUGGUUGGGCCACAUUUAAGGCACAUAACCAAUCCGUCAGUGUCUGGGUCCCUAAAGAAGCCAAAGAGAAAUGCGGUCUGUAG